AUGGUGGACGGCGAGGAUCUCGACCACCGGCGGCGCGACGACGACGCCUCGAUCGAGGCGCAGCGCGAUGCCGAUCGAGCGCGCAUGCUGGAACUCUUGAAAACGUUUACACCGAGUCAGAUGGAGCGAUACGAGUGCUUUCGCAGGAGUAAUCUGAGUAAAACGAUGUUGCGAAGGUUGUUCAAAGCGGCGAGCGGGGUGACGCUCAACGCGAACGGAUUGAUCAUAUUAGCGGGGGUGUCGAAGAUGUUCGUCGGAGAAAUGGUGGAGACGGCGAGGGAGAUCAUGAAAUCGCGAGGGAUGAACGAGUACGAGGAGAUACGACCGGAACACUUGCGAGAGGCGGCGGCUGUGAUCGACGCGAAGGAUGGGCUGUUGCGACGCAAGCGACAAAAGUCGUUGUUCACGCGAGGUUACGCGUAG